GCCAUGGCCAGUGCCCCAAAAGGAUGUGGUUCCAGUAUCAGCUCCAUAUAUUACAACCUGUGUGACCUGACUACAGUGUGGGGGGUCGUGGUGGAGGCCGUUGCUGCUGCAGGUGUGGUGACUUCCUUUCUCCUGUUUAUCAUUCUCAUGGCCUCGUUGCCAUUUGUAACAGACAAGAAGAGAAAGGGUAUGGUGGCCCUGCAGGCGGGCAUUCUGAUCUUUACUCUGGGACUCUUUGGACUUUCUUUUGCCUUCAUUGUGGGCCGGCACUCCACUAGCUGUGCAGCACGGAGGUUCCUCUUUGGAGUACUGUUUGCAGGCUGUUUAGCCUGCCUAGCAAUGCAUGGGUUGUGGCUCGCUCUGCUGCAGCGGCGAGGCCGGGGGCCCAGGAGCUGGAUGUUAUGCCUGGGAGCCAUGGGUCUGUGGCUGGUUGAGGUGAUCAUCAACACAGAGUGGCUUAUCAUCACUAUGGUCGGGAGCCCACCCAGAGAUGUCGUUAUCCCUGACCUGUCCUGCAACAUUGCUAACCUGGACUUUGUGACGUCUCUGAUCUAUGUGAUGGUCCUGUUGAUAGCUGUGGUGCUGAUGCCUGUGCCGUCACUGACACACAAGCACAAGCAGUGGCGCCGAGAUGGAGCUUUCAUCCUGGUCACAGGGCUCCUCACCUUGGCUAUAUGGGUAGCUUGGGUUGUCAUGUACAUCUAUGGGAACAGAGUGGCUGGGAAUGACACCUGGGACGACCCUACUCUGGCUGUAGCUGUGGUGUCAAACGCCUGGGUGUUCCUAUGCCUCUACACCAUCCCAGAGAUCUGCUUACUGACCCAGGAGGACCCAGAUCAGGAAGAGCCACAUGAUGGAGAUGUUUAUCCUGCCAGGAGCAUGGUAUAUGACAACAUCCUGAAGGAGCUGGAGCCACCCCACCAGAACGUGUACAUGGAAAAUAAAGCCUUUUCUAUGGAUGAGCCUCCAGCAGUACCCACAAAGCCAGUGUCUCCAUAUGGUGCUUACAAUGGUCAGCUACGCAGUUGUGUGUACCAACCCACUGAAAUAGCCCUGAUUGCCAAGGGUCUGACUAAGAUGGACCAAGGCACGAUGUUCCCUCGAGCCAGAGCUCCUUCUUUGAAUCCAGGAAGCAGUAGCUCCCUGCCUCGUUCAAUCGAGUCCUUACCUUCUUAAGGACUGUCACACGCAGGCAGCGCGAGUCAAGAGUCACCACUCAACGCUCGGUUGUUAGAGCUAUGAAAAAAAUCUCCACCAGCGGUUUGUCCUAGUAUCAAAUAUAACAUGUCCCCCUUUCUCUUCCUACUUAACAGUGGUUAAGCUACAGCAAUAGGCGGUAAUGUGACCUAGCUCCUCUCACACACACUUCUUAUACUUUAUUUCCUCUAAUGUUCGUGCAUUGUUUGUCUGUUUUGUAUGCACAAGGGCUGAGUGACACUCAAUCAAAAGGUUGUAAAGACACUGACAAUAUAUGAGAUGGACAUCUUAUGAAGGCAAAUGUAUAAACCGCUCAAAAGUCUGGACUCGCCUGCCACAAAAGCUUGAUUCGGUACAGUCAGAUUGCUGAGAGGGCUACUCUGUUUUUGAAUGGUCUUUCACACUUUUAAGUGGUUCAAUAACAAUCUAGGGUCACUUAUGAUUUUCAAAAUUGAAGGGUAUUUGGGGGGGAAAUGGUUGCAGCAGUAUUCUCCGUGAUGCAACACUGUGGGGGCAACGCCUAAAUAGAAGUUUGAAUCAUUUAUUGAGGCUAACACUAUUUCAGAUGUAAAUGAGACAUCUGGUGUCUGAAUAGCCUA